AUGGAGCCCCCGGGCAAUAGGGGAUCAUGGGGCCCCUGUGUCCUGGCCCAAACUCAAAAAAAAGCCUAUGAAAAAGGUACCAGGGGCAUCUCAUGGGGCCCCCUACUGACCCCGUGCCCGAGUUUCUAAAUGGUCAGUCCGCCGCCCUGAUCGUAAGCUCUCACAAGCAGGGUCCUCCUAACCCUCUUGUUUGUAACUGUGCUACUUCCCUUUAUUUUGUAAAGUUCAUUGUUGGCACAUUAUAAAUCCUUUUCAGUUGUUUAAGGACCAGUCAAUCCAAGAGUAGGGGUUUAGUUACAAAUUACGAUACAUUUGUUAAAUAUUACUGGGACCGGUGCUAAAAACCUCC